AUGGUACUUCAGAAUUAUGAAAUUCUGGAAGAAUUAGGGUCCGGAUCAUAUGGAAAGGUCUAUAAGGUUCGGAAUAGAAUUACAGGUGAAAUUUGUGUUGAAAAAGUGGUAAACUUGGAUGGAGUUGACGAGAGGGAUAAAGAAGAGGCCUUGAAUGAGGCACGACUCAUGAGUCAAUGUGAACAUUUUAACAUUAUCAAAUACUUGGAUUCUUUUCUUGAGAAUAAUUUUCUGUGUAUUAUCAUGGAAUAUGCAUCAGGAGGAGAUCUCACACAAAAGAUCAAACAACAGCAAGGAAAGGCGUUUAAGGAAGAUUUAUUGUGGAAUUUUCUCAUACAAAUUUCACAAGGUUUGAAAUAUUUACAUGACAAGAGAAUUUUACAUCGUGACAUUAAACCACAGAAUAUUUUUCUUGACGCCGAGGAUAAUGUAAAAAUUGGAGAUAUGGGACUGGGAAGAUUACUUGGUCCUCAAUCAUCUUUCGCCUCAACCAAUGUAGGAACUCCACUCUAUCAAAGUCCAGAAUUAUGCCAAGAACAGCCAUACAAUCAUAAAAGUGACGUUUGGGCUUUCGGUUGCCUCAUGUAUGAGUUGGCAUCCUUCUCUCCGCCAUUUCUGGCAACGAAUCAAAUCGCACUCGCUAAGAAAAUUGUGAGUGAAACUCCUAAACCUCUGUCUAAACAGUAUUCUAUGGAGCUACAGUUUUUAAUUUUCAAAAUGUUAGAAAAGGAUCCAAGCAAACGACCAGAUAUUAACCAUAUUUUAAAUUACUCUGCUGUAAAAUUGAGAAUUCAAAAGGCGAAAUUGCGUCACAAGGAGCUGAAACUAAAAGAACAAUUUUUACUUCUUGAAAAACAAAUAAGGACAGAAUAUGAAAUGAAAAUUCAAGCUUUGGAGAAAAAACUGAGAGAAUUUGAAGAAAAGGAAGCCACACAUCAACAAGAAUGUCAAGAUUUGAAUGAAAAAUCUCUCGCGCUCAACAAGAAAGAGCAAGAGCUCAAAGACAUGGAAGAACGACUCUUGAAAAAACAAAACCAAUUGAAUGAGCUCAUCAAGAAUGGUCAUGUCAUUAUUACACCCUCACUUCCAAUACCACCAUCUGUUUCACCAAGAUCCAACAAUACUUCAACGUUGACUAGUGUCAAUGCUACUACAACAACAACAACAACAGCAACCACCUCUACAUUCCACACGCCCUCCAAUUUGUCCACCCAGCCCUCUACUCCCAAUCACUCCACAUCACCAUUUGCGUCACCUUCGAAAGAUAUUGCAAGAGAUCCCUCUACAACACCUCAGAAAAAACCUCUGGACAGCAAAUAUUACAAAACAGAAACUACUAAAGUGGUUCAAGAGAAAUUCUAUAAUCUCUAUAACAUGUUUCACAAUGAUCCACACAAGCCACCACCACCGAAUUCUCAACAACAACAGGUUUAUGGACAACAUCUUCUUACUCCUUCACCGACUGGUCAACCACUAUUGAGACCAAAAUCAGCUCCUUCGACACCCAUUAAAAAACAAACCACCUCUCCAGAGAUAUUAUUGAAUCCACAAACUCCAAGUCCUAAACGGUUGUCACAGCAACAACAACAACAUACACACCAGAGUAGACCAAAAAGUACCAAUGCUGCCCUAGAUCACAAUCCUCAUGUAAGGAAUAAGAAAAAACCUGUCAUUGUCUCUCCGAAUAUCAUGGUGUCACCCCAGGCUGGUUUGUCGUCGAAUACCACAGCUUCUGUACAGUUGGAUUCUAAUUUUGUUGGAAAAGUGAUGGGUAAAAUAUUAAUGAAAAAGCAAAGCACAAAGGAAACGCCACUGGGGAAUAAGGGUCGAAAACAAGCCAACCACAUGAUCAAGGAACCAUCAUUUGAUCGAGUCAAGAAGCAACUGACGUUCGAUGAUGAUACAACUAUUCUUGGACAACCCUCAAAGAAGAUUUCACCACCGAAACCACCGGCAGUUCCUUCCAAUUUUCUUACCACGCCUAACAUGAACAAUAAUUUGGACUCGUCGCCUCAUCUUGACAUUGCAGAACCCAAGGUUGAGAUUGAAGAAAGUAUAUUUGACUAUGAUGACGAUUCCUUUGACCAUGACAUGGAAGGUGUCAGAGAGGACAUGAUGGACUUGCUAGUUCUCAGAAAAAAGCUAAAAAGUGAAGAGACAGCUUAA